AUGGAUUACGACCCGGGCCCAGGCGAGCCCCCUGCUGGCCACGCCCCGGCUGAUGAGGCGAGUGCCAGUGGUGAAGCCUCGCUCGCGUGCAAUUGCUGCCGGCGAAGAAAGCUCAAGUGCUCUCGAGAAGUGCCUGCAUGUCAGCAGUGUCGUAAGGCAGGAAACGCUCUCGAGAACAUCGUCCACAAGUCCACCGGUGCCAGUGGCGCCCAGACUCAGAGUCAGUCCAGUCUCCCUACUCACCUCGACGACAACCAGCAUGAACAAUACAACACCUUGGCCUUCUUUGCGCGGGAAUUCCAACGCUUCAAUGAGUCGCAAAACCAGUACAACACGCCGUCAUCUUCAAAUGGUGAUUCUGGUCGGCCCCAGAAGAGAAGACGCCUGGAGUCCUUCGCUGCGCCUCCCACGGAUGCAAUCCACAUCGACCGUCUUCCGCUUGAUGAUGACCUCGCUUCUGUCUUGGAGGCCUACUUUACGCAUGUGCAUCCGUGGAUCCCUAUGAUUCACGAGGCUCGGCUGCGCCGUCGUCUUGCUGCGGAUACUGAGCAGCUGGAACUGGGCAUCGUCCUCCACGCCAUGACACUGGUCGCAGCCAAGUUCAUCCCAGACGAGCAAGCCUCCAAGAGAUGGACACUUGGUCCUGAUCACGCUUCCGAUUCACGAGACCACCUGAUCGCAGUCGCCAUGAGGAGUCUGUCGGUGGAAAAUGUGCAAGCACUCAUCAUGCUUGCGUUUGACGACCUUGCCGUCGAAGGCGACGAAGACGACGCAGAGCGCCAGACUCUCCUGCGCCCCUGCAUCUCCCUACCCGCCCCUGAGGACUGGACCGAAGUCGAGGAGCGACGGCGCGUCUUCUGGAACGCCUUCAACCUGGACAGGCUGUGCUCUGUCACGACAGGCUGGAACACGAGCCUGACCUCGGACGACGUCCAUCGCCGGCUCCCCUGCGACGGCAUCAAGUGGCGCAAGGAAGAUGAAGUGACAACCCCGUACUUUGGCAUCUGGGACAAGUCGGCUGCCCGGAUCGGGAACCCCAUCGCCUUCCUCCCCGAGGUCCAGACGCCCUCUGAGACGGGUACCUCGCCAGGCACCGCGUCCAGCCCCGUGGAUAUGAGUACAGUGGGUGCGUUCGCGUACUGCAUCGAGGCCACCGAGUCCCUGAGCCGCGUGACGACGUACUUUUUGCAGCAAAGAGUCAACAUGCGCGAUCAGCGCGACCUGGGACGCUGGCUCACGCGCUUCAAAGAGCUCGAUCUGCGCCUCGUGCACUGGAAGAUGCUGCUCCCGCACAAGUGGAAGGUCGACACGUCCUCGCAGCGCGCGCGCAUGGAUCCGAACCUGACCCUCGCGCACAUCACGCACAACGCCUCCAUGAUCCUGCUCCAUCAGCCCAUCGCCUUCCCCUUGCCCGCAUGGCCGUUCAAGGACCGGCUGCCCAGCCACUGCAGCGCCCACACGUGCCAGGCAGCGGCCGGUGAGAUUGCCACGAUUGCACGCAACUACCUCCAGAAUGCGCCCCCAGCAGUUCCUGUCACCAGUCAGUUUGCGUUUUGCCUGUACGUGGCCUCCCGGGUCUGCCUUGUCCAGUGGCGCCAUGGACAGUCGACGGCGAUGGCGGUGGCGCCCCUUGCCCCGGCCUUCUGGCUCCUCCUCGAGAGUCUAGACAUUAUGGCUCAGCGGUGGGCUGGGCCUCACGCUGUGGACAUGGAUGCUGCGUGGAACCUGGCGUCAAAGUAUGCAGCCAAGUUGAGAGAUCUGUAUCAGCGCUGCUUGGGGGACGGGGCGUUCCACAUCCACGUUCUCGGCUAUAUUGGAGAGAUUGACGAGACGGCACAACAGGAAUAUCGCCCACCCACGACGACUCGCACGAGAGCGUCGGCCAGGGCAACGUAUGGUGCGCCCUUGGGUAUGGCGACACCGACCACACGCAGCAUGCAGCCGCCUCCGUCAAUCGAUCCCGCUCAGCAGGCCAUGGAUGGACCAAGAGGCCAGUCUAGUCAGUACCGUAGAGCGAGCAUUCCUACGAGUAACCUUGGCGAGAUUUCGCAGCUCCUCAUGGACCAGCAGUUUGUAGACAUGGAUCGGAUCAUUAGCUACGAUGACGGUAUGUUUGGCUCCGAGUUUGAGGCUGGGCCAUGGUAG